GCGGCCGGCGCGGGCACUGCAGGUAAAGAUGGUGGAAGCACAGGAGAAUGGCGUGAUGGAGCUACCCGAUUAUGAGCAUGUGGACGAUGAAACGUUUCCUCCUUUCCCACCUCCAGCCUCUCCCGAGAGAGAAGAUGGGGAAGUUGCUGAACCCCUCGAUGAAGAGCUGGAGGGGAGGGUACCUGUCCCUGUGCCUGCAAAGAGAAUAGUGAAGAGGAACGUCCCCAAGCUGGAUGCCCAGAGGUUAAUUUCAGAGAGAGGGCUUCCAACCUUAAGGCAUGUGUUUGAUAAGACAAAAUUCAAAGGUAAAGGUCAUGAGGCUGAAGACUUGAAGAAGCUAAUCAGACACAUGGAGCACUGGGCACAUAGGCUAUUCCCUAAACUGCAAUUUGAGGAUUUUGUUGACAGAGUUGAAUACCUGGGGAAUAAAAAGGAAGUUCAGACCUGUUUAAAACGAAUCCGACUUGAUCUCCCUAUUGUACAUGAAGAUUUUAUUAGCAGUAAAGAUGAAGUAGGGGAAAAUAGCGACCAUGAUGUGUCUACCACUGAAUUAGAUCCUUUUAUGACGAGCUCAUCUGAAAGUGAGAGGUUUGCUUCGGAGCCAAGGAGAAGCCUAACCGUAGAGGAGCGACAAAGAAUGGAGAGAAAUCAGCGGCUGGCCUUGGAGAGAAGACAGGCAAAGCUACUGAGCAACAGCCAGCCCCUGGGCAAUGACUUGCUCAUGGAUACACCGGAGGCACCUACUGAGGAGGUUAAUACAAAUGAAGAUCAAACAGAGGGGUCAAGUGGACUGAAUGAAGACACUACAGAAAACCCACAUAAUGAUGCUGCCGGUACUAUAAAUGCUGAGGAUGAACUAUAGUGUGAGAAAACGCGACUGGAACAAUGUCUUUCAAUGCUACACCCAGAAAUGUUUGCCAAAGUGGGGCAGACCUCAGAUUAGAAGGGAAGCCUCUUCGCUUCUUGUCACCCAGGUCUGGGGUUUGCUGUGUACAAAUGAUCUCCUUUGAGUGAAUGUCACCUGGGUAAAUUUUGGUUUCAGGUUUCUGUUUAAAACCUGGCAUUUAUUUUGGUCGCGUGUCACUUUCUGACAAACUGAUUAAGUCUUAUUUAUUCUCUUUAGCGUUUACUUUUUACAUAGAUCAUUGGGACUUAAAAAAAAUGAUAGUUAAUAAACAGUUUCUGCUGCUAAUGUAGCAUUGAAGGCAUUGUUUUCAAUUAACUUAGUACUGUUUUAAGAUGUAACUAGAUAAUGAAUAUUCUGUUUUUUUGAAAGCAAAAGUGAUUUUAUAAACUAUCUAUAGACUUUGUGAA